AUGUCGAUGCUUGCUCGCCGCCUUGCUCUGCGCGCAUUUCCGCGCACUCGUGGAUAUGCUAACACUACGGCUGAAUUGAUGGAGACCAACUGGGCGGACAAACAAGCUGCCUUGAGAGCUCACGCAGCUGAGACUGCCAACCUCUGGCGUAGGAUCAGCUUUUAUGUUUGCCUUCCUGCCGUUGUUGUCACUGCUCUCUGGGUACGAAACGUUGAGAAUGAACAUGCCGAGCAUGAGGCACAUAUCAGGGCUGAGCACGACGGUCAGCUUCCGGAGAUUCCCGCGUUUGAGUAUAUGAACAGACGUGCGUCUGGCCCUUACCCUUGGGGAAUGAACUCAUUGUUCUUCAAUCCUCACGUGAAUAAGGAUUUGACCAAGACGGACGAGUAA